AUGUCCCGCAAGAUAUCCCCAGCAGAACUAUCCCAACAUGAUUCCCCCAGUUCCCUCUGGCUAGCAAUCAACGGCCUAGUCUACAACCUCACCGCCUUCGCCCCCUCCCACCCGGGCGGUCUCCAAAUCCUCCUUCAACAUGCCGGCCAAGACGCCUCAGUCCCCUACAACAAAGUGCACUCGCCCUCCCUAAUCCGGACUUCCCUUUCUCCAACAGCACAAAUCGGAUCAUCUGACUCGAUCCAAACCCCCGUUCCCCAGAUAUUCUCAUCUGUGCCCACCAAGCCCCCAUUAUCAACCUUGAUCUCCCCCCACGACUUCCCCCUCGCCGCCAUCCCCUCCCUCACCCCAAAGGCAACCGCAUUCAUCUCCUCCGCCGCAACCGACUGCCUCACCCACCGCGCCAACUCCUCCCUCUACUCUCACCUCACCCUCCGCCCCCGCAUCCUGAUCAACGUCUCCACCCCGACCACCCGCCUCGUCACCACCAUCCUCAACUGCCCUGUCUCAUCACCCAUAUUCAUCUCCCCCACCUCCCUGGGGAAAAUAAUCCACCCGUCUGGUGAAAAGGCCAUAGCACUGGCUUGUUCCAACCUCGACAUGGCCCAAACAAUCAGCACGUCUGCAUCCUUCACCCUGUCGGAGAUUUUAUCUGGGCAAAAUACCUCUCACCCGGCGUUUCUGCAGUUGUAUGUUGAUAAAAACAGGGUUAAUUCUGAGAGGGUGAUUGAAGAGGCGGUGAGGAAUGGGGUCAGGGCGGUGAUGGUCACGGUUGAUGCGCCGGUGCCUGGGAAGCGGGAGGCUGAUGAACGGAUUCCCACUGCUGCUGGGGGGGAGACACUGGCUCCGAUGGCGGGGACGGCAGCUGCUGUUGGGGACGGGAAAGGGGCGGCGCUGGGGAGGGUGAUGGGGGGGUAUAUUGAUGAUUCGUUUUCGUGGGAGGAUUUGGGGUGGGUGAAGGGCUUGUUGCCGGAGGGGGUUAAGCUUGUGUUGAAGGGGGUGCAGACUGCGGCUGAUGCGGUUAGGGCGAUGGAGACGGGGUUGGUGGAUGGGAUUGUCAUUUCCAACCAUGGAGGAAGGAGUCUUGACACUGCUACCGGGACGAUUUUGGUGCUGUUGGAGCUGCAGAGGUGUUGUCCGGGGGUGUUUGACAGGAUGGAGGUGUUGAUUGAUGGGGGGGUGAGGAGGGGGACGGAUGUAUUCAAGGCGUUGUGUUUGGGGGCGAGGGGGGUGGGCGUUGGGAGGGGGGUGCUGUGGGCGUUGGGGGGGUAUGGGAGGGAGGGGGUGGAGAGGUAUUUGGAGAUUUUGAACGAUGAGCUGGUGACGACGAUGAAGAUGUGUGGGGUGACGAGUUUGGAGGAGUUGCACCCGGGGUUGGUGAACACGAGGGCGGUCGAUCAUUUGGUGCCGGAGAGGGUGGGUGAGGAGCAUCCUUAUGCGAAGUGGAGGAGGAAGAGUAAGUUGUGA